AUGACAACCAUUAAGCGCUCGCUAAAUGUGGGUGUGGUGGGCAUGGGCAACAUGGGGAUUCCCAUUACCCGAAACCUCGCCUUCAAGGCACGCAGUGCUAUGUAUCUGCAGAUCCACAGCCGCACUCUUAGCAAGGCACGGCAGGUGUGCAACGACAUGAGCGCCGAUGGCGCCACCUGCGCCAUGCGCAUCCACAACCGCUACAGCACCAUGACCAAGUGGUGUGACGUCAUCCUACUGACCUUAGCGCACCGGGCCGCCUCACGGAGGGUUCUCCUGGAGGACGACGAGGCACUCGUCACCAAUUCGCGCCCUGGGCAAAUCAUCGUAGACCACACGACCGUGGACAUGGCGCUGUCGCGCGAGUGCGCCUAUGAAGCAGAGCGACGCGGCGCCGUCUUCCUCGAUGCCCCGAUGAGUGGCAGUCCAAAGCAGGCCUUUAACAACCAGCUCGUACUCAUGGUGGGCGGCCCUGCGGAGUACGUGCAGCGGGUGUCGCCGAUUUUUCGUAUGUAUGCGGACAACAUUCAUCACAUGGGUGCCAACGGCAGCGGUACCGCGGCGAAGCUGCUCUCUCAAGCGUUGGUGGCCUCACACAAUGCCGCCGCUGCAGAAGCUAUGACGAUUGCAAAUCGGCUCGGUAUCGAGGACUACCAGAAGCUCAUCCAAGUCUUGGAUGCCUCGUGGGGCUCGAGCACGAUGCUGCGUCGCAACGCGCCAACAAUGCAGGACCUGGUGCGCAACCCGGACAAGCUGGCACCAUCCUCUGGCGCCAGCAUAGACAACCUCCUCGAGGAUCUCGCGCUGCUGGACGCCUCUUUACCAAAGGUCGAGAAGGGUGACGGCAGCAGUGAAGGGCGUCAGGUUGAGGAAGAGCGCUUCCCUGUACUGGACGCGUCGCUGCGUAUGCUUGGCGCAGCCGCAGAAUCUGGGAUGGGUAACCGUGAUAUGGCUGCCGUCAUUCACUACAUCCCGGCUGCUGCUGCCAUGGAGGAGGAGGAGGGGGUCCGUAUCGAGCCUCGUGGGCUCACGCCGGGCGCCUUUGUUAACGGGAGCGCCACCAGAAAGGUAAGCAGUGCCCCAGGGGCGGUAGCGGCCUCGCCGCCACCGGUGUCAGCGGAAAUCGACAUGGACACCAACUCGCUGGCGCUGUCGCUCGGUGCCGCCGAAAGCAGCAGCAGCAGCAACGCCGAAGGAAGCACCACUCAAGCCGCAUCGAUCGCGGCGCCGUUGACAACACCCUCGUCGCAGAAGCCCCCAGACUUCACCAUGGAGGACUUCUACUAA